UCUUAUUUGAAUACAUACUUGGACUAGGGAUUUGUGCCAUCAUACGGGCUACGGGUCGUGCAAAUUCAUGACUCAUGUGCUGGUCAUCGUGGGUUGGGUUGAAUUUUGAUGCAAGUGGGGUUGCUUUUAGCAGGAGACCCUGGGUGGAGACCCCUCCCCUUCAUCCACUAGAAUGGAUAGGUAGGUAUAUUUUCUCGCUCUCUGACUUAUCUUUUUUCUUAGCCUUUUCGUUCUUGACUUCAUUGUUCUAGGUGUCUAAGUCGUGUGGCUAGUACGCAGAUCCAGGACCCUAGCAUCCAUAGCUUCGGGUUCGGUUUCGCCAAAAUUCCCCAGGCUCCUUGUAUGACGACUAGACCUUGUUGACCUUGGCCCUGCAGCUGGCUGACAACCAUACAUCAGCCUCUCGAACACUCACCCAAUAAAUCGUAAGACAUGUUCUAAACCCUUCAAUAUACACCCAAAAACCAAGAGGUACAGAAGAAACGGUUCUUCAGAUUAGCCCGACAGCCGGUCCUCCACCGCUGUGCUGCAGCUCCGGCCCUUGCAAAGGACAGCCAAACUCCUAUCUCCGUGCAUCAGCUGCGAGCUAGGGAUACACAUCAACCUACAAGCUUGUCGCAACCACGCGCAACGCAAGCCUCACUCUGUACAGUAUAUAGUUUUCAGUUUGCCUCCCGUUCUUCUCCUCAUUCCUCAAUUCACAAAUGCGCUCCUUCUUCCGAUCAAUUCUAAGGCGUCGUCCACUGAAAACAACAACCGGAUCUACUCCUCCGCCUCAGAACCCGAUCGUGACGAGAGCUAUGUCUGGUGGCAUGACGGCUGCGGUAAUUUAUGCUGCCUCUGUGAGCAGUCCCAAAGCUUUGGGAGCUGUACCUGAGGAUUCUGCGACGAAAGCGCAUCAUGCAAAAGAUGGGAAGGGUUUCGUCAAUCCCUGGCCGAGUUGGGUGGAUUUCAAUCCGGUUACUAUCGGAGGGACUAUGAUAUGGCGCAGAAUAACAGGCAAAUGGAAGUUCCCCGACACAACCCCUCCAACGGUCCCCGUAAUCGAACCGACUUUCCUCCCCUCCCGCACAGCAUCCUCCUCCCUCCGCGCAACAUGGCUAGGUCACGCCUGCUACUACGUUGAAUUCCCCAGCGGUCUCCGCGUCCUCUUCGACCCCGUCUUCGAAGACCGCUGCAGUCCCUUCUCCUUCAUGGGCCCAAAACGCUACACCGAACCACCAUGCCAUAUCAAAGACCUACCCGUAGUUGACCUCGUCGUAAUAUCUCACAGCCAUUAUGACCACCUUUCGCAUCCAUCCGUCAUGAAAAUCCAUGAGGCGCACCCAAAUGCGCAUUUCCUGGUCGGACUGGGCCUGAAGAAGUGGUUCCACGAGUGUGGGAUCACCAAUGUGGAGGAGAUGGAUUGGUGGAACGAUGUUGAUAUCACGCUCUCGCCCAGCACAGGCGAGAAGCGCAUCUCUACAGCUUCAGACAACACAAAUCCAAAAUCAGGAGGGGAGGAUAUAAAGGCUAGGAUAUCAUGUCUGCCCUGCCAGCAUACCUCCGCGAGAACGGCAUUCGAUAAAGGCGUUACGUUAUGGUGUUCCUGGGCCGUCGAGUCUGGCGGGAAGAGCGUAUGGUUUGGAGGCGAUACUGGAUAUCGUCAUGUUCCUGAACUGCCUAAGGGCGUGGACGACUAUGGAGAGGAGUAUAAGGAUCUUCCGCAUUGUCCGGCGUUCAAGCAGAUAGGUGAUUUGAGGGGACCGUUCGAUUUGGGUCUUAUUCCGAUUGGUGCUUAUGAUCCGCGGUUUAUUAUGAGCUCCAUGCACGCGAAUCCCUUCGACAGUGUGAAUAUAUUUCUCGAUACGAAGUGCAAGAAAGCUAUGGGCAUCCAUUGGGGCACAUGGGUGCUGACUUCGGAGGAUGUGCUAGAGCCGCCUCAACUUCUGAAGCAGGCUAUGAAAUGGAAGGGCUUACCGGAGACGGGAGUCUUUGAUGUUUGUGACAUUGGGGAGAGUAGAGAAUUUUGAGAUAUCGUAAUGGUAGGAGAACUGUAAUGGCACAGAGCUUGAUCACCAGGCAUUGUAUAACAUUAAUCACAAAUCAUGA